ACCAUGUCCACCUUCCGCCAGGAAAAUGUGGAAGACCAUUACGAGAUGGGGGAAGAGCUGGGAAGCGGCCAGUUUGCGAUUGUGCGGAAAUGCCGGGAGAAGAAGAGUGGGCUAGAAUACGCAGCCAAGUUCAUCAAGAAGCGGCGCCUCUCCUCCAGCCGCCGCGGGGUGAGCCGCGAAGAGAUCGAGCGGGAGGUGAACAUCCUGCGGGAGAUCCAGCACCCCAAUAUCAUCACCCUCCACGAUAUCUUUGAGAACAAGACCGAUGUGGUGUUGAUCCUGGAGCUGGUCUCGGGAGGGGAGCUCUUCGAUUUCCUGGCCGAGAAGGAGUCGCUGACGGAGGAAGAGGCCACUCAGUUCCUCAAGCAGAUCCUGGACGGGGUUUAUUACCUGCAUUCCAAACGCAUCGCCCACUUUGACCUCAAGCCUGAAAAUAUCAUGCUGCUCGACAAAAACGUCCCCAGCCCUCGGAUCAAGCUGAUUGACUUCGGGAUUGCUCACAAGAUUGAAGCAGGAAAUGAGUUCAAAAACAUUUUUGGCACCCCAGAAUUUGUAGCUCCAGAAAUAGUGAACUAUGAACCACUGGGCUUGGAAGCCGACAUGUGGAGCAUCGGGGUCAUCACGUACAUCCUCCUGAGCGGGGCCUCCCCGUUCCUGGGCGAAACGAAGCAGGAGACCUUGACCAACAUCUCCGCGGUCAACUACGACUUCGACGAGGAGUACUUCAGCAACACCAGCGAGCUGGCCAAGGACUUUAUUCGGCGCCUGCUGGUCAAGGACCCCAAGAAGCGGAUGACGAUUGACCAAAGCCUAGAGCACCCGUGGAUUAAGGUGAUCAAGAGGCGGAACGUCCGUAAUGAAGAAAAUAGCAAGAAGCCAGAGCGGCGACGCCUCAAGACAACACGGCUCAAAGAGUACACCAUCAAGUCCCACUCGAGCAUGCCUCCCAACAAUACCUACAUCAACUUCGAGCGCUUCUCCAAGGUCAUGGAGGAGGUAACGGCAGCCGAGGAGAGCUUGCGUGAGCUGCAGCGGAGCAAGAAGUCCUUCCGGGAGGACAUUGAGGCCCUGCGCUCUAUCUACGAGGAGAAAGAGUCGUGGUACAAAGAAGAGAAUGAGGCCAUUGGCCAGGACCUCCGGCAGAUCCGGCAGGACAUGCAGAAGACGGAGGCCCUCAAGCGGCAGGCCCAGGAGGAGGCCAGGAACACCUCGUUGGCGGCCAACGGCCUGAAGAGGCGUUACCGGAAGCUGGAGAACCGCUACGAGGCCUUGGCCAAGCAGGUGGCUUCAGAGAUGAAGUUUGUGCAAGAGCUGGUGCGUGCCAUCGAGCUGGAAAAGCUGCAGGGCGGAGAAGAUGACUGCGGGAUUCGCUAA